CCACUCGCUUAGAAUGGCGAGGUGCGUAUGAGUGAUAACCUACGACUGAAACAGCUUCUAUUUUCUCAAUUAGCGCCAACAGACAAUAAGUCUCAGCCGAACAUUGGCAGGCGACCUCCCAAUCCCAAUCCCUAUACCCCCUGCAGCGUGCCUCGAUUCCCUGAGAGCGCUUGACCUGAAACUUAUGUUGUUACUUGGAGUGGGUGACUCGACAGUCAAGAUGGCCUGCUGUCGAAAAAUUCAUUGUUGUCUCGUCUUCAUUGCUUUACUGCCAGCUCUUGUUAGCUGUAUUCGCCCGUUUAGAGUGCCAAGGAAUCUUUUUCGGCAAGGUACAUCAUCACUAACUUUACCAGAGGGAGUACGCAUAAUACGGCGGGAAACAAGUGAUGAUCCAAUUCUGGAAGCCACUCAUGACUUGGAAGAACAACACAUUAGAAGCCGCUUUCGUCGGAAUUCGCAGCCUGACAUAGAUACUACAACCCAAGCUCUAGGUACCUACGACAACAUGUAUAUGUAUUGGCCUGAUAGUAAGGAACACGAACACUAUGUGUUUUUGCUUGCCAAAGAGCCAAACCCUCCAAUUAGUAAAGCUUCGAAUCCUGUGUACGUGUCGACCAAUUAUGGAAGGAACUUUACCAAGAAAGAAUUUAUAAACUCGAACAAUUCAACGGCUGUUAUUGACCAGAUAUAUUUCAGCAAAGUUGAUCCUACCUUGGCUAUUUUCACAGAUGUCAUAAACAAGGUUCUUCACAGAACAGAUGACUUACAGACAUUUAACAACUCUAACAUCACUUGGGUGCCAACGUAUAUCACUUUUCAUCCAUGGAAUCCUAAGUAUGUUAUGGGAUAUGAUAACACAACUGAGAAGCUCUAUGUGUCAUCAGACGAGGGAAAAUCCUUCAGUGAAAUACAAGGAGGAGGAAAUGUUAAGUCAUUCAAUUGGGGAGUGGAACAUAUUGAUGCAGUAGAUGUGAUUUUUGUUGAGCAAUUUCAAAGGUCUCUGCAAGAGCGAUUGAAAACAAAGGAUAACAGAACCAAAGUUACCAGAAUGAACAUAGACGGGAAAAAUACGCCGUCAAAAGUGAUUGCAAAAGAUGUGGAUGAAUUUGAAAUGAUGAAAAACUAUCAGUUUUACACCACCAAAUUGAAACCUAGUGAUAAGAAUCCUGUCUUGAAAGUUUCUAAAGAGCGUAGGGACUUUAAGUUGGCAACAUUCCCUAGUAAUGAAGAGAGCAGAGACUUUUUUGUGUUUGAUGUGGUGGAAGAUCGUGUUUUUGUAGUCAUCAACCACUUGAGAAAUCUCUCCAAUAUGUAUCAGUCUGAUUCAUUGGGUGUCAGGUACCAGUUAUCCUUACCGAGAGUUCUGUAUCACAACCCAUAUACUGAUGUUUCGUCUGCUUGGCUUAGAACUGUAGUGCCAUAUGCUUUUGUUGAUGUGGAUAGAAUCAAAUCUGUGAGGGGUGUUUAUGUUGCCACCCAGUUGACGCCAGGCCCAGUGGGUAGGAGACAUCUUCUCUCUCUUAUCACAUACAACAAUGGUGGAAAGUGGCAGCGGAUACGUUCUCCAACUGUGGAUAACCGUGGUGUCAAAAUAAAUUGUUAUCUGCCAAGCUGUUCCAUUCAUGUGAAUCUACUCUAUGGUGCUGUCUAUCGUGUUUCUCCAUCAGAGCGUUUGCUCUCCAGUGAGUCAGCCCCUGGUUUGGUGUUAGCUUUAGGUGUGGCUAGCACUAAUCUUAAGAUAUAUCCAGAUGUGUUUGUGUCUUCGGAUGGUGGAGUGGUUUGGAACAGGGCUCUACGGGGGAAACACUUGUUUACGUAUGGAGAUCAUGGAGGAGUUAUUGUUGCUGUGCCAUACAGACGUUACACAAGGUCACUUAAGUACAGUACUGAUGGUGGGUUUACAUGGAAAACACAUGUCUUCAGUCCUAAUACGGCCAUCCUAGCACGCGACAUUGUCACUCAGCCUGGAGAACGACUCCCAGUCUUUGUAGUUCUUGCAAGUCGCUAUGGCCGUAACCGUGUUCAAAACUGGACAGUGUUUUAUCUCAACAUGACAAACAUUAUGGGUCCAGUUUGUACUUCUUCUGCUUUCUCCACCUUCAAGGAUGGAUGUAUUUUGGGCCAGCAACAGGAGUUUGAGACCAGGAAUUGGACUGUACAAUGCCAAAUGGGUAGAGACUACAAUCGAUCUUACUAUAUAAGGAGUUGUCCAUGUAGUAGAGAUGAUUUUACAUGUGACUAUGGUUUUCAAAGAAAGAAUUUUGAUGAAGAGUGUACACCUAUCAGAUCUAAUGACCUCAAUAAUGAACUUAUUCCAAAGGAAUGCCCAGAGGGAUCAUUCUACAACAGAACCCAAGGUUUUCGAAAGAUAGAGGGCAAUAAAUGUGUAGGUGGAACUGAGAAGGACUUUUUUCCAGUGCGAACACCCUGUCCUGUGCAAGAGCUGGAAAAUUUUACAUUAAGUAGUCCUAAUGUGACAGAUGAUGGUAUAGUCGCAGUGGAGACUGGAGGCACUGUGUUUUUCAACACAACUUUUGUCAAAGGAAAUCAGGCAAAUGUAUAUUACAAGUGGUACUUUGGAGAUGAACAUGAUGAUAAAGGUGAUGGAGUACAGUUUGCCAGUCGGAGCCACUUAUAUCAUAAGGCUGGAAGGUACCAUGUGGUAGUGGUAGCACACAAUGAGCGGAGCACUUUGGUGGAGAAAAUGGAAGUGUAUGUUCAAGAUAAACUCAUGGAUGAUAGAGUAUCAGUCAACUUCCAUCCUAAAAAUCCUGGCAUGGAUGAGGACGUCAUAUUUUCCUUAAACUUGAAUUACUCAGUGGGAGACUUUGGAAAAGUUAAGUAUAAAUGGAAAUAUGAUACUCAAGAAAUUGACAGUUGGCAACAAGUUGUUACUCUUGGCUUUAAUAAAGCUCAGAAGUAUGAUGUUAACAUCACAGCAAUGAAUCUUGUGAGUUCUGUUACGAAGGUGGUUCAUAUUGAAGUCAUAAACAAAGAUGUUGUACCACAGAAUGUUGCAGCAAGAUUUCUUGGGCCUACAAAAAUAAAAAUUACUUGGAAACAUGCUGGAAAGACUGGCAGUUACGUCAUAAGACACAAAGUUUUUAUGAGUUCCUCAGGCAAUACUGGCUUCAGAAAUAUUACAUGUGCAUCUUUUACAGCACUAUCGUGUAUAGUGGGCAAUUUAUUACCAGCUACCACUUAUUACUUCAAGGUUUCAUCAGUUACUGCAGAUAAAGAAUCUCUAAUGUCAAACAUUGCAUUUGCCACAACUAACACAAGUGCUCCUGGAGCACCAAGGGAUUUGCGAGUUUACCCUGUAAAUUCUUCAGCCAUCCAAGUGUUAUGGAUAGCUCCAGAAAACUCUAAUGGAAAAAUCACAAGUUACACAAUCAGAUAUUGGCCCUACACUAAUACCAAAGUGCAGUCUAUUGAUAAUGGUCUUAAGAGAACAAAACUACUUACUGGCUUAGCACAGGACACUGUAUAUUUCUUUGAGGUUUACGCAAACAGUGGAUCUGGUCGUAGCAUAGCUGCAGGUCCAAAGCAAGCACUGACAAAACUGUCUAAACCGGUCCUUCCACCUCAGAACAUUCAAAUGAUUUCCGACAAUGGAACAUGUGCAUGGAUGCGAUGGAGCCCACCUAACAUAUCAGCAAUUGAUCAAAGGCCAUUUCCAGCCAAGGGUUACAAAGUGCAGCUUCAAGACAAGCGUCUCAAUGAUGUAGGAUCAAGCUUUGCAAUGAUCUGCGGUCUAACUCCAGGACAAAAGUCAGAAAUAACAAUUUGGGCUUACUCAGAAGCUGGUGAAGGACCAAAGGCAACAGUUCACAUAACCACGCAAGUUACAAAACCUGGUGCUCCUCGAAACUUGAAGGCUUCAGCCAUCUCCUCUGCUGCAAUAAAGUUAACAUGGGAACCACCUUUACAGCAUGGUAGAAUCACUGGAUAUAUAAUUAAUCAGCUAAGCCCUUUCCCAGAUACUAAGCCUAUUGAAGUUGUUCCAGUCCGAACCAGUUUUGUUGUUAAGAAACUGGAGGCAUACGUUAUCUACAAGUUUGUCAUUUCUGCUAAAAACCAGCAAGGGUCAAGUGUGAAGAGCUCCCCAGCAUCAGCAAGAACUUAUGAAAAAAGUCCUGAUAUUGUGGAGUAUGUGACGACAGAAACCAUUCCACCUACCUCGGCAAGUAUCAAAGUCACAUGGUCCAAACCGUCCAAACCAAAUGGAAAAAUUACUUACUACAAGAUUAGGUGGGGAAAAACUGUUGUGGAAAACGUUGAAAAUACUCUAGGAGAUCCAAUCGAGCCUCUAGAAAAAUUAGUGGAAGCCAGUCACACAGCAUACACAUUUAAACAUCUAUCCAACAAUACAUACUAUUCCUUUGUUGUGAUUGCUGGAAAUGCAGCUGGAGAGGGUAUCAAGCAUAUAAAUCCAAAGAGGCAACGGACAGAUGCUGCCAUUUAUGGCACAGAAAGACUGAAAAUGAUCAUUGAAGGUGCAGUCAUGACUGGUGAUGAAGCCAUAAAGAUUUUUACUCCAAAGUUUUAUUCAGAGGCCAGUCGGAUUGCGAACAUUGCAGAUGAUCGCAUCGCUGAUGUUGUUGUCAAAGAAAGAGGAAGUGAAAUUGCAGUUUACUUUGAUCUCAUUCCACGCUUCAACAAGUCCGGUGUUCCAUUAGAAACUGCCAAGGAAUCUAUUAAUGAAGGAUUCAAGAUAGAUGAUUGGUUACUUGCCAGUGGUUCAUUGAGUCUUGUGAGUAAAGUGGGAAAAAAAACACGACCAACAGGGGAGCCAUCAGUUGGUGCCCGCAAAGAUGACCAACCUGAGGAUGCUCAAAGCAAAGUAUCUCUGGCUGUUUUGAUUCCCCUUGUUAUAAUAGGGUUACUUUUGGGAGCUGGUUUGCUGUUCUUCUUCGUGAAAUACAAGAACCUCCAAAAGAAUUUCAGCAAAUUGCAUGAGAAAGAGCAUGAUGAGGAUGAAAUGACAGUUUACCAUGAGGACAUGCAAGCAGACUCUCCAGAUGUCAUUUUCAGUGAUCGUUCAAGAAAAGGAAAGAAGUUUUACAAGGAUUCAGAGAAAGUUCCCCUUGGUGAUCAUGAUGAGCUGUCCAUGAUUUAAGGCUUCAGUUCUUUACAUUCUCUUCCUUUUCUUUUGUUUUGAUGUGUUACAAAUAGUUCAUAUUUUAAACUGAGGAAUAUUCUUGUUAGUUUUGUGUAAUGUGUGUAGCAAGUAAAUUCUUUGUGAAGCAGCUCAGGGGUUGUGUAAGCUUUCUGUACUUUUUUUUAUCAUUCUCUGAUUGGGAGAAGCCUUUCUGAAGAAAACUUUAUCUUACUUCAUCACAUGUCUUCAUAUGCUGAUUAUUAGAAUCUGGAAAGGAAAAAAAGGUGAAUCAAUCACCCUGAGAAACUUGUGAUCUCAUCCUAAAAUUCUUUUUUCUACCCAAAAGCCAAGUCUUUUCACUUUUCUAUUAUCAGGAGAAGUUGAAUUCUGAUACUUUAAUGUACAUUUUUCAUUUGUAUGUUAUGUUGUGAUGAGGGCAAAAUUUUGCUGUGUUACUAAGUAAACCAAACAUGGUUAUGAUAAAGACAUCCAUUGUGGUGAUUCGUGCAUUUAUUUUGUUACACUAAAUGGGGAAAAACCAUUUUAAACUUUUCUGUCAAUAAGGCAGAGCUUUUGUUUGAUGUUGUAAUCUUCUUGUUUUCAACUUUGGAAGCAUCUGUGGAAGUUUUGCUUUAAUUCAGGCAAUUUUUGUAGUUAAUGCAGAAUGCACUGGAAAUGCAGUUUUUGCAACUGUUUCAUGUCAGUAGCCUCUUUGAGUACUUGUGCAAGAAAAACAGCAAAACAGAAAGUAGUCUUUGUCAUGAGGAAAUGGUUAGUACAGAUGGGUACAAAGGCUCUUUAACUGCUUAUACAUUGUUGCUUUAGUAAACCAUUGUAUCAGGUAAAUAAAUUGUUUUUUCAGUCUAGAUCUUGCAGUUUGUUAUAUCUAGUCCAGUGAAAAGAGCAAGGUGGUAUCUGAUACCUUUUUUAAUGGUAGAACUUUGUUAGUUGCAAUUGUAGCUUAAUUGUUUUUGUAGUUGUGUAAAGCUUAUGAGCUUAGGUCUUUAAGGCACAUGUUUUUCUCUGUAAGCAACUGUUAUGAAAAAAAUGCUGGAGUGUGUUUGUCCACUCAUUUGGUGACAAGAAAAAUGCUAUGCUUAAUUUUUAUAGCAAGAUGUAAUUAGUGGUGUAUUUACUAGAUUUGGAACAGGGCAUGUGGGAUACAUUUUGGGUUGCACUAUGUGUUUUUCUGGAAAAAAAGAAAAAUAUUAAAUAAACCAUUAGGUGUUGUAACAUGUAGACCCACCUAAGUGAGUAACUGUAGUUUUCAUUAUGUGUGUUUGUUUGGCAAAGGUGCAAUAAAUAGGUUUUGCUAUAAAGCUUUGAAAUUGGUUAACUUUCAAUAAAGUAUGUUUGUAGUA